ACAGGAGCCUCAGCUAUUAACUGAUAAACCUGAUCUCUCCAACAGAUCCUGCCUUGACUGGUUUUAUCUUAAGUGUAUGACAAGAUAACAGAAGCAAAGGCCUUGAAGUGAAUGAUUAAAGGAAGCGCUUUUUGGGGUUCCCCUUUUCUUUGGGCACAGGAGUGCGACCGAUCCAUCACAGCGGCUCUCCUGCUUGCAGGCGUCAUGCCUGCCAGGCUGUUGUGAAUAAUCAGUGCUGCUAUAUACAGUCUACCUAUGGAGAGCCGUCCCGUCAUGGUCACGCCCAUCCCACAGAAGUGCGGGAUUCGCGCUCCCGGCCAGCGGCAACUUUGGGGAAUUUAAAGCUUUUUGCGACAGUGUCGGCCGGCAGGCGCCCUUUCAUUUACGGCGGGCAGCCCCGUUUGCGGCAGCGCGGGUGUUUCCGGGCGGGGGAGCGCGCACGUGCAGGAAAGACUAGAGAAUGUCUUUUCGUGGAAGAGGAGGCGGAGGAAGAGGAGGUGGCUUCAGCCGUGGAGGAGGUGGCGGUGACAGAGGUGGCUUUAACCGUGGUGGAGGACGAGGUGGCUUCGGACGGGGAGGUGGAAGAGGAGGCUUCAACAGAGGAGGAUAUGACCAGGGCCCUCCAGAAAGGGUAGUUUUGUUGGGAGAGUUCAUGCAUCCCUGUGAAGAUGACUUAGUUUGUAAAUGUAAAACAGAAGAAAACAAGGUGCCUUAUUUCAAUGCUCCGGUGUACCUGGAUAAUAAGGAGCAGAUUGGCAAAGUGGAUGAAAUAUUUGGACAGCUGAGAGAUUUUUAUUUUUCAGUGAAACUGUCUGAGAACAUGAAAGCCUCUUCAUUUAAAAAAAUGCAAAAGUUUUACAUUGAUCCAGCAAAGCUGCUACCUCUUCAGAGAUUUUUGCCAAGGCCCCCUGGAGAAAAAGGUGCUCCCAGAGGAGGUGGUAGAGGAGGACGUGGUGGACGUGGGGGAGGAAGAGGCGGUGGUAGAGGAGGAUUUGGAGGAGGCAGAGGUGGAGGAAGAGGAUUCAGAGGAGGUAGAGGUGGUGGAGGAGGAUUCAGAGGAGGAAGAGGUGGUGGAGGAGGCUUUCGGGGAAGGGGCCAUUAACAAUGGAGCCAUGAGUAUAUCAUUGUCUCACCGUGUCAUCUGCAGAAGCAAAGAACCAUGAAAAAUUUUUGUAAAGGACUCUGAAAAUCUUUUUAUGAAGAACUUGAAACUACAAUUGACAAUUAUUUUUACACAUAAUGACUAUUGAUGGACUCAUGAAGAGAGUGUAGCCCCUGGCAAAGAGCUGAAGACUGCUCAGAAUAUGUGUAAACUUUUGUUAUUCUUGAACUGCUUGUUUCCGACAAGCACUGCAGUCAAUGCUUAACUCCAUGUUGGAGUUUGGAGUAAACAAUGAAUUGAAAUGGGUUUUCAAAAGACCCUACAGGUUCACUGCAUGCACAUACUUCAGUGUGAAUAUAUGCAUGACUGGUCCCUGGUUCUCAUCCUCCUUUUGUAGUGAAUCUUCUGGAUGGCUCUGAAAUCACAUGCUGUUUAAACAACCUUUGCGAACCUUUUUUUAUAAAUUAAAUUUCAAACUUUUGUGUUGAUAAUUCUUUAAAUGCGUAAUAAUGUAUAAAGAGAGGAGAUAGCAAAGUAUAUUUUGUGAAUUUUUCUUCAUAAAUAUUAAUGAGAGCCAAAGGCAUUAAGAUAGUCUUACUACAGUCAUCAAAUGGUAUCUAAUUACACUGAUAUUAAAAUGCUAAGUGACCUGCA